AUGUCAGAAUUAUGUGAAUCUCGACUGAAGCCUUGCCCUGGGGAACGGGAACCAGUUCUUCGCAAACUUUAUAUCGAUUUAUGCAAUUUGAUUGUAGAAUCUCGUAUUCCAGGCAUAGAUGACAGAGGAUAUGGCGAGGGUAUUCAUUGCCCUCCACUUAUGGGGCCAAAUACUCAUUGUUGUGAUCUUUCAGUUCCAGAGUGUCAAAAGCACCAAAAGUUGAUUCACCGUUUAUUGCGCUCAAUGAAACGCAAUAUUUUUGAUGUUGAAGUUUUCAUGCUGCCAGAUUGCUGUCGUGAAACAAAAUUGGCCGAAAGGAUUCCAAAGAAGGAAUACGUGUUAUUGGAACAGUGGUCUUUCAAUUGUUUCCACGGCAGCAAGUUACAGUCAAGUAUUGAUGUUCCUCAAUUACUGAGAGCAGUUCGCUCAUUCCUCUACUUCUCUCAAAUCAGUGCUUGGCUAAGUUCAAACGAAGGAAAGUCUCCGUCAAACAUCUAUUAUUGGGUGCGACCUUCAUCAGAAGUUUCAACUGCAAAAUUUGAAAACGAGCCUGAACUUCACAGAUUUCCACUUUGUAAAAUUUAUGAAGGACUAUAUGGAACUAUUGAAGUUAGAUAUCGAACAAGAACUCAAUAUGUGCCUAUCAUUCCAUGCUCAAAACAUCCUCCCCAAGAGAAUCCUUUGAUAACUGUAAUUGACAACAGUGAUGUGUGUCAAACUAUUUGCCUUGGUUCACAUAUUGUUAGGCAACUGCAUAAAACCUGUGAUACAAUUCAUGAAAGUCCUGUUAGUGAUAAAACUAUAACUGAACCUAUAUCAAAUGUCUUGAUGCCGGCGAACAUGCCACAAGUUCCGGUGGUGAAAGCAAUUUGUGGAGAUGUGCCAGAUAACAUUUCAAAAGCAAAAGGAAUUCUGAAACAUUCAAAUUGCCAAAUAUACUCAGAAAGUGUUUUUGGUUUAGUACCAAAACUGCAGCUGAAUGUGGACAGUGAUAAAAACCUGAGGAAGAGCAUUAAACCUCUUAAUUCAAUACUAGAUGAAGAUGUUAUCAUAAGGCAUUCUAGCUCAAAAAAUCUUUCACAAAGACAUAAUCUCACAUUGCCUUUGAAAGGUGGAAUAAAGCAACGAAAAUUAAGCCGUGAAUUAUUGGAUUCAUCUAGCACUGAUACAGAUUUUAGUUCACUAGAUUCUUUGCCUUCAUCAGCAACAAAGUCGAAACGAAAGCGACAUUCAUCUAAAGCAUUCAUCACAAACUCAAAAGUAUCCCUCAUUUGUUCUUCAAAUAGUAAGAUUUUACAACUCUCUAGUCCAAUUUGCCUUGAAGAUGGAAAUGAUGGUUGUGAUGGUUCCAAUGCGACUACUAGCGAUGCCAUAAAUAAUCAUAAUUUAAAUAAAAUGAAAUCCUGUCAUUUUAGUGAGCAGAAUUCUUUGCCAAACAAAGUAUCACUACCUGUAGAUGUCAAGAAAAGGGAUACUGAAUUUUCCCUUGGUUCCAAAAAUAGUUUGAAUCUUUCACAGCACUCAAUAAGAUUAUGUAUAGAAAAUAACUGGAAUGAUGAAAAAUUCUCGCCAAUUUCAUCAAAAAUUAUUGUUUCAAAAUGUGAACCCUUACCGUCUCAAGAAAGUUCUGUGCCAAAUAGAACAAAAAAAUCCUGUCGAGGAAUAAAACGCAAAGCUUCAAAAUGUGUUCAUAACUGCAAAUAUUUGUGUAACUGUAAAAAUUCGAAACGAAAAACUGAUGUACGAGCUACGAUUGAAAAGGACAUCCCAGCUCCCCUAGAUUCAGAAAGUAAUAUAUCACUUAACUUUGUGAAACCAAAUAAUGAUAAGAUUUUACUUUCAAAACCUGAGCAGCAUGCUGAAUCACGAAAAAAGAAUUUUAAGCAUAAAAGAAUGAAAAAAGAAAUUAAAGCUAUUUCCCCUGCAACAGCGACUGUAAACUCAACGUACGCCAAUAAAAGUUUAGAAGACACCCUCGCUUCUUCUAAACCAAAUAGUGAUUCAAACAAUGAUUCAUCAAAAAUAACACCAACAUGCAAUUUAGCCACAGAAAAUAAGCAUUCCGCUUGCAAUCAAUAUUACUUAUGUUCAGAAGAUGAGCAAUCUAAAUGUUUGGAAAGCUUUCCUAUUGAAACUAUUAAUAAUUUAGAACGUAGAACAUUCAGAAAAAGGAAACGGAAUGAAAAAAAUGACAGCUAUGCUAAGCUUGAUGGUGAAGUUUCUGAUACAAAGAUUCUAUUUAGUGUAGAUGAACCUUGUCCUUUUUCAGAUUCAAAUGAACCUUCCAAGUUAAAAAAUCGAAGAGGAAUCACUCAUAACCGCAGGAGGAAAAAAACAGCGAAAUUAUCUGCUCGAGCAGAAUCUAAACUGCAAUCACUUUGCAAGUGUUCAUUAGCAAAUUCCAAAGUUAUUUUAGAGCAGAAUCUUGAAUGUUGUAAUGAAAAGAGAGCUGUGAAAACAGAGAAAUUAUAUGAAGCAGAGGUAACUACUGAUUCCAUCUUAAAUACUAGUCAGAAUUCAAAAACUGAAUUAAACAGUUCAUGCAUAUCAAACCCUAAUAUGCUGGUGGAUGUAAGUAUUGCCACUGAAAAGAGCUUUAAAAACAAUAUACAGAUUCAAGAGAAGAAAUGUGAUUUCAACACUUCGAAAACCAAAGUGCAAUUAGCUGCAGAAAGUGCAUCAGAAACUGAGAAAAAUACAUAUCCUAGUGCUUCCAAUAAGCUCAUCUGUGAUUAUACAUUAAAGCAUGACAGACUUAAGUCAUAUGAGACUGCUAACUUAUACUCAGAAAAGGAAGUUGAUUGUUUUGCUGUGUGGAAACUUAAUAGAAAAGAAGAUUUGUCGGCAACAAAGUUGAAGAAAGGAAGAAGAUUGCUUUUAAACUUUGAGGAAUCCAUUCUAGCUGGAUGCUUAGAGCCUGUCAAAACAGUCAUUGGAUACAAAGUGGAAAUUGGGGCUAGCGGCAGCUUUUGUCCUGAUCACUUGACACUUCCCGCAGAUGUUUCAUUUUAUGAAUUAAAAAGUUCCCAUCAACAUACAGUUCCAUACAGGGCUCAUGUUACAUUUGAAGAUAUUGAAUAUUAUCUUCCUAAGAAAGGGUCAAUGCAAGUUACUUUAUUCAAUCCUUCAGAAACUGUGGUAAAAAUGUUUGUCCUAAAUUAUGACUUAAGCAACAUGCCACCACUGCACCAUACAUUCAUUAGGCAAAAAACAUACUAUAUGCCAGUUGAUGCUGCAGAUAAAGAUCCAAAAUGGUUGCGUUACAUAAUUCAUUUAAGGUUUGCAUCUUCCAAGACAGGAAGAAUUUUCCUUCAUAAAGACUUUAAAAUUGUUGUUCUAAAUAGAAGCAAUGAUGAUGCUGCAUGUGAUCAUAUUCAACAGCCAUGUGAACUGCGUUCUUUCCUGUCUGUGCCUAAAAAUCCAGCAUUUUCAAGCUUAUAAUACUCAUUA